UGUAUCCAGACACUGUACGAAAGAAUAAAGAGGAAUAUAUGGACACCAUACUCACAAAUGCCUUAAGACAUCUCUUCCGAAGAGACCCAAGCAACAACUGCAUCGACAAACUGCUUCUAGAAGACACUUAUCAGUCAAUAAUUUCUUAGCUUUAGCUACGACCUCAUAAUGGACCUAGCAGUUCGUGGCCUUGCGGUGAAUAGUGUGCAUUAAUCUACUUCUAAAAGCCUAAUUGGCUACUUGUGUGAGGAAAACUUCGUAAUCAGGUCUUUCUCCUUGUCGACUCGGUUCUCACUCAGUGAGCGGCACAAAUUUAAACGAAUUGGUGAUCAGCUUCUUGCCAGGGCUGGUCAUCCUCCUGAGGCUGAGCUGCGCGAACCGGAAACUGAAGGAAGGUUGUACUUGUCAUGUGUUUCUCAGCGUCCUCAACCCCUAAAGACUACUUCUGUCGACCGGCAAUCUCGAGCUGUGUAGUGUCUAUUGCGUUGUGAAUAAUGUCACCCACCAUGUGCGCAAGUAUAAUGGUCUACGUUGGUGCUGCAGCGACCUUUGCGCUCCUAUUGACAAAUCCCUAUGGGACAGUAGCUUCUGGUGAAAAGUUCCUACCUUCAUUUCGCAACUACAACGGAAAUACUCCGAAAAACGGUUCCUCAGCGGCGGCCACCGCUGGAUGGCUUCCGUGGGGUGAUACAGCAGUAUACGCGUAUGGGCUGAGCGUCGCCGAGCUGAAGACCUCACCCAACGAUGGAAGCGUGGUUGAGUGUAAACUCACUGAAUUGCAAGACCCUAUCGAAUGCGACACGCUUGUAAAGAAAAUUGGCCGACCCGUUGUCAAUGUUUGUUUCCAUCGGAUGAUGGAGAUUAUCGCCGCUUGUCGCGCCCUUGUACAAACCACUAAGGGACCUUCGUUGCCAUUAAACGUUCAUCAGUUUCUUUUCUGGAAUCAGGUCUGGAAUGGGAUAUUUCCAGGAACAAAAUGGUGUGGUUCCGGUGAUAUGGCAGGGGGCUACCACGACCUCGGGGCUGACGUUGCCCUCGACAGGUGCUGUCGAGCUCACGAUCACUGUCCCGUUAAAUUGAAAGCGUUCAGAAGGGGGCAUGGUCUAGUGAACUUUUCACUGUAUACGAAGUCACACUGCGCGUGUGAUAACGAUUUCCGCAACUGUCUCAUGGACUCGCAGUCGCACAGUGCAUCCGCUAUCGGUAAUAUGUACUUCAACGUGCUUCGGGUACCCUGUCUCCAGGAGGUCGACGAGUCGAGAUCGUUUUGCAAAAGUGAAUCAGGUGUAGUAUCAAAGGAAUGCCUAAACGAAGACCAAAGAACCGUACAAAUGAAGUUUAUCAGCGCAGGCGGUUUUCCGCUAUCAGGACUUAACGUACAGUCGACAAUCGUUAGUACCUCCACUAAAGGCGGCAGUGAUCUUGCCAAUGAAGAUUCCCGGCAGGUCUGAAGGCAUAAGAGAAUUUGCCAUGACAAGCAUAAGCGACGUCCUUUGCGCUAUUUUGACAACGGAUGUACAUACGAUUGUACAUAUCGACACAAUUAGGGGUAACUAAUUAUUCGUUUGCAUGUAAAAAACGUUUUUCUAUAUAUCACCGAGUGCGCGUAUCCAUUUGGUUUGUGCUUUUUGCGGGUCGCUGAAUUAUAACAUCAACAUACAGCUGUCACUAAAUCUACUGCCCGAAGAAUGCUAUGUCUGUUUAAUAGCUAAUUUUAUAGUGAUGUAGAAGGCUGAACUAUUGUGACGAGGGCGUGCUUUUUCAUCAACUAAUAAACUUAUUUAGAUUAGACAUGUUACUAAACAGAUACACAUAUGUAAGACAACUUUCGUCGCCGUAUCGGGUGCCUAUAUUUGACAUGUGUCUGUACGUAUUAAACUUCUUGGUGGCAGGCCUUUCAAGAGAACUUUUGGUAAACCAAGAUAAAAGCUAGAAAUUGAUGUUAGUUCUAUGGUGAAAUCUAGUCACACCUGUACAUAGUACAUCGAUCAAUACAGAUCAUAGAGAUUUAAUAAGAGCGUCUGAACCUUACUUUACCUUCAAUACCAAUGAACAACAAUUAAUUUGCUAUAUCACUAUAGAAAUAGUUAAACUUAAAGAAGUUUAACUAUUUCUAACCUAACCUAUAUAUAUAACCUAAUAAGCGGUAGGCCGCUUGGAGUCUUCUACAUUAUACAGCACGAUAUACAAAAAAUAAAGCUCAAAAAACACAUUGGCAAUGUUAGUUUUUAAUUAGCGCAGUAAAACAAUGGAGCAUUUACUUUCUGAUCUAUUAUCUGUUAGCCAAAUCUAGGACACAUAACAGGUACACACACACAGCUAUGCAGUCACGCAGGCACAAACGCAGCUACGUAAAUACAGUGCCAUCAGCUUUAAUGAGCGACCCUUCUAACGGGUUGUUUCAGCGGCACAUUUUACAUGUGCGCGAAAAAUGUCCCUCCUAAUAGCCGGGUUUGCCCCACAGAGUUUCCGUUCCUAGCUACAAUGAGUGACCCAAGUCACUCUUUACUUUUCCUUUAAUCCGCAAUUCAUUUUUUCGCUGCAACUAUACGCCAAGCGGUACCACACAACUGUAGACUUAUAAAACGCCACUUGAAAACGAUCAAUAAAAAAGUCCAGCAAACUAAAAUGUCGGCCUGAUAGUAGGUCAGUAAUCUAAUGAUACAAUCCCAAAAAACUCUGCGCUCGACUAUUCUAAAGAGACUACGCCUAGAGCUUGUAUGAACAACGCAGUUAACUAUAUAUAUUCUCCUCUCCAAAGUAGCAGCUAUUUCUAAACUGAAAUUUGGAAUUACCAAAAACAGCUUUCUGCGACAUUUUAGAGAAUUUUGAGAUAUUAUCAUUCUAUUUUCUGUUAACAAUCGACCAUUUUUCUUCCAAAAAGUCUCUUUCGAUUUUUUUUUCUGAAGCAGCACGGAAAUUCGCGCAUAAAUCAUCGAUACCAAGCCCUUAUUCAGCGUGAAGGUAUUCGACGAUUCUUGACCCUGGCUCAUAUUCCUUCUUGCUCUUGCUAUGAUGAGUUUGUGGUUUUGUGCGAGAAAGUACAGCAUUUCUCCUAAUAUCAAAAAUACCGAAUAGCGAACAGCCCGGCAAGGUUACACCUAAUUUAAGAUGCGGCAUGCGCACACAUAUAAAGUAAAGCAUUCAAACUCGGACAGGCCUUGUCGAGCUAUCUGGCAGAGAGGGCAUUUGUUCAUCCUCUAUUUCUGGCCAUAAAAAAGCCAAUUCCUUUUAGAACAAAGCAAUAAACAAAUCAAGACGGAAAACAGCGCGUCCUUGUCGGCAUUUAAAUCAAGAUCAGCUCAAUUUCUCAAUUCAUUUCUAGUUAAUGUUUUAGAGUCUUCAAAUACUCCUCAGAACCUAGGAACGCCUUAAGCGUGACAAGGUCGUCGCACAGACCUAGAAUCGAAUGUUUGAAGUAGACUGCCGGGUAUAGAAUUCGACGAGGCGUGGAAAAGACAAGCGUAACGAUGCCAAUAACUUGACUAAAUGAUUGAUUCUCUGCUUGAGAAAGACACCUUCGGUCCUUCAGCG